AUGCUUACAACGCCUCUACGUGUGCUCGCAAACACUGCGUCCGAAAAGCCAGAUGCUCUCGCCUUCAAAGUACCCAUCAUCGACUUCGAAACAGAUCAAAUAGCCGACUGGAAGUCAAUCACAUAUUCCGAGUUUGCGUCGGAUGUGCUACGACUCGCUGCAGAGUGGUUGAGAGUUUUCCAGAGAGAUGGGAUACCCCAUCGAUCGGUAGUAGCAAUUUGCCUGGGAGGAUACAGAUAUCUCGAUGCGGUACAUGUUUAUAGUAUCCAAAGAGCUGGAUACGUCCCCCAUACCUUCAGCCGACUACCUGACAUCGAAGUAGUUAAAGAUCUCCUGAAAGAGUCGGAUACUAAGGCACUCGUUCGUGCUUCCCAAUUCAAAGACGUUUUGGCGAGCGUCCAGGACAUCCCGGUAUAUGACGCAGUGACUUCUCUGGACUUUGGAGGCGUUGGAUCAUCACCGAAACUGCCACCGUCAGAGAGGCCGACGAAUCCCAACGACCUGAGUAUCAUCACCCACACAAGCGGGUCGACGUCAGGCAGACCGAAGCUAGUUAGAGUUAAUCAUCGUUGGAUCAACGGCAUGAUCCAGAAGGCGCACGUUCCCCUGUCGCCGGGAUCCUCAAAAACCCCAGCCACUGUCAAUUGGAUGGGUAAUAUCUGCCACUCGGCUCAGUAUGCGAAAUUAGUCCACCAGAUCUUUCAUGGGGGGUGUACAGUUCAACCGCGAAGACCAGGCAACCUUGAUGAGAUUAUUGAUCAACUCAAAAGAACCUCCUUAACCCGGCUCUACCUGUUUUCCCCCCUCAUCGUCAGACUGUUACAGAGAGCAAGAUCGGACCCAGACCUUUUGGCUCUACUUUCGGGCCUGGAAUACAUCGUUGCCGGGGGCGCUAUCUUUCCCAAGUCAGAAGAGGCCUAUGUGGUUCAGAACAAUAUCAACGUAGUGGGGCUGUUUGCAUCGACCGAGACCAGCGUUAAUCUCAUGACCAGGGGCACCCGCAACGAUCCCACAGGAGUCUUCCGGCUCAUUGACAUCCCAGGCGUGUCGUACCAAUUCGAUCCAAUCUCACCGGAGGCAAGAGGUCAAUCGCAGCUGCUCGAGUUAGUUGUUCGAUCGGACUCGAUGGAUUGUCCGGGACCUGAAUUUCGUCGUGCAGAUGAUGGUCAUUUCCAUACUGGUGAUUUAUGGGAAAAGGUCGAGACAGGUUAUCUCUACCGCGGAAGAGAUGAUGACUGGAUCAAGACCGAGUCUGCUCUGCGAUGUGAUACGAAAGCCAUUGAACACCAUGUGAGGCUCACAUGUGGCGAUUUGAUAUCCGAAUGUGUUGUGGUAGGAUAUGGACGGCCGUCUCCUGCGCUCUUUAUCGAACCGAGUCCUCGGGUGCUAGAUGUUGCGGAAGCUGAUCUAAAGCGUGUUGUUCUCAAACGAAUUGAACCGUUCAAUUCUCAGCAGAUGGCCCACGAACGAAUAGUGUCGGUCAACCUGAUCAUGGUUGUGCCAUGCGACACCCUACCCAGGACGGAAACCAAGGGUAAUAUUCGUAGGAAGGCCGUUGAGGAUAUGUUCCAGAGAGAAUUGGACUUGGCUUAUGGUGGAUUAUAG